CCUACCUAUCAGUACUCUCGUACCCAAAAUAUACUUCGCUUCCGUGGAAUGCUAUCGCUGUUCGUUAUACUGCCGCUGGUGGCGCUCGCCGGCGCCGCCUCCCUGCCGCACAUCCAUCACCUGAUACCAAGGGAAACCGUGGAAGAGUCCCCAGUGGAGAUCUCGCCACUGAUCCUCGAUGGCUACGACGUCCAGGGAGUGGACAAUGUGCCCUAUUUGGUGUCCCUGAGCCUCACGAAGGCCACCUACGCGCAUCAGUGCGGAGGAGUGAUCAUCGCCAAGACCUGGAUCGUGACGGCCGGACACUGCGUGGAGGGAGUGCGGGCCUUCAACGGGGAUGUCCUCGGCACGCCCAUCUAUGCGGGCGUGAGCAACCGCUCCAAUGUGACCGCCGCUCAGGUGCGCUACGUGGACUUUGCCUCCGUUCACCGUUCGUUCAAUGGCAAUGCCGGCAGCGACAACAUUGCCCUGCUCCACGUCUCGGAGCCGUUUGUGUACACCGCCCGCGUCCAGCAGAUCGCCCUGCCGGAUGUCGAUGAGGACUACUCCGGAAAACUGGUCACCGCCUACGGAUGGGGACUCACGGACGUGGAGGGCGAUGAGUUCUCCAAACAGCUUCAGUACGCCUUUGCCCCUCUCCUGGAGAACUCCGAGUGCGAGGUGCUGCUCCCGUCGGAUGCCCCUCUGACGGAUAAACAGGUGUGCUCCACCGUCAAGACCUGCUACGGGGAUGGAGGCACUCCCCUGGUGUACUGGCCCAUCGAUGGACCCGCGGAACUGGUGGCCCUCGGCUCCUGGAGCUACAUGCCCUGCGGCUAUGCCAACCGCCCGACGGUGUACACCUCCGUGCCGUCGUACGUGGGAUGGAUCUAUGGCACCAUAGCCGCCUAUUAUCAGCUCAACUGAAGGGGGCCCUUCGAAUAGAUCUUUUUGCGUAAUCAUCACAUCGCCACUCUUGUAGUGCAUUAAAGCGAGUAAAUGCUGUAGGCAUACCCGUAUCUAAUCAGGGAA